AUGAUGAUGUCAGCUGUAAUCAGCCAGCAGGAUCCCCAUUUUGGCUUUCGGGAUAUGCGCAUGUGCCCAGGCUCGAUGCAGGACUUUUCCAAGAUUCUUCUAGAAAGUGUAUCUACCGACCGGAAAUAUUCCCUCCCAGCAUAUAGGUACUUAGAGUGGAGAUUCGCGAUGCAAGACUGUCCUGCACGGCAAUGCCAAGUACUUACUAGCGCUGUGUGUAUGCAACAAUUAGCGGAAGCUUCCAAGAUGAUGCAGAUAUUCCCGACGGCAGCAUCUACUUAUUCACUACAUGAACUUCGCUUAGCUCUCCAGCAGAUAUCCCACCAUGAGCUCUCUGAAAAGAAAAGCUUCACAUCCUGCUCUCUGCAACUGCCAUCACAUCAAUCUAGCAUGGAUGAAAAUGAUCCCAUCCACCAGGCCAUCGGCGCCUUGUUUAUAGGUCCUCAUGCAGAGAACAUGGCCAUCUUCAGGCAACAUAUCUUUACCAUUCUAAGUGAGCUAGAGAAUGCUCGACAGAGCUACGCUCCGCGCGACAAAAGAGCGAUAACAUCCAGCAUCCAAAAUACCCACGAGUUUCAGUCCUUCUCCAUGCGCAUCGCAGACGCCAUCCGCUCUGCCAGUAAGAUGCUAGCCAAGCACUCCAUCCCAUACUGGUCUCCGCGAUACGGCGCCCACAUGUGCAGCGACCUCAGCAUGCCCGCCCUGUUAGGCUAUUUCAUGGCUAUGCUCUACAAUCCCAACAAUAUAACUCCCGAAGUCAGUCCCUUGACUACUGCUGUGGAGGCGGAAGUGGGAAACCAGUUCUGUCGAUUGUUCGGGUACAACGUUGGCAAUGGAAACGAUGGGAAGGUCCAGGGAUGGGGUCACGUCACUUGCGACGGGACGGUGGCUAACAUUGAGGCAAUGUGGGUUGCGCGAAACUUGAAGUACUAUCCUUUGACGCUGUGGCUUGCUAUCACCGAGGGCGAUCUUGCAUUCGUCGCGGAUCGGUUCCUGGUUCGGACAUGUAUCGGGGAGGAGAAGCUUUUCAAGGAGCUGGACACGUGGGAGUUGCUGAACCUGCGACCUGAGACAAUCUUGGAUCUCCCUGCCAUGCUUCAUCGAACCUUCGGUAUCUCAGCACGCUUUUUAGGGACCACCCUAGCGAGAUAUAGCGUACAGAAAGUGGGAAAGGAAGCGCUGGACCGUAUAUUUGGAAUUGAGGAUCAGAUGCAACUCCUCUUGGGGAAGACGAAUCAUUAUUCGUGGGAGAAAGGGGGAGGAGUCAUAGGAAUCGGAUCGAACAACAUGGUCGGUAUCGAAGUGGACCUUAAAGGAAGAGUUGACAUCGAGAUGCUUGAAACGCAUCUACAUAGAUGCCUUGAAAGACAACGAGCUAUAUACGCCGUCGUUGCAAUCAUCGGGUCCACAGAGGUAGGAGCAGUCGAUAGCCUGAGCAAGAUCAUCGCUCUAAGAAGCAGGUUUCAAGCCAAAGGUCUAUCUUUCCUCGUUCAUGCCGACGCAGCCUGGGGUGGAUACUUCACUACGAUGCUACCGCGCGACCAUGAUAAUCUACCCAUAACCUCCUCUCAGGCUGCUCCCCUCAAAGGGAGUAAGAGAGAAGUCCAUCAUGCAAUGAAGCUGAGUGAAGAUACGGAAGAAUCCCUGGCUGCACUUCGGCAUACCGACUCCAUCACAGUAGAUCCACAUAAAGCGGGAUAUGUUCCCUAUCCGGCGGGAAGCAUUGUCUAUCGGGAUAGGAGAAUGGGGAAUUUGGUAUCCUGCACAGGACCAUACUUAGCAAAUGGCUCGGAAGGGAAUGUCGGUUCGAACGGCUUGCAGGGCAGCAAACCAGGUGCGGCUGCCAUGUCCAUUUGGUUAUCUAAUUACUGCAUCGGCCUGAAUGGCUCCGGAUACGGCGCGCUUCUCGGGGAGGUGUCUUUCAACAGCGCAAAGAUGGCCGCGUGCUGGGCCACUCUAACCUCCUCGACUGACUCUUUCAUUUGUGGCCUAUUCAACGAAGUUCCCAUUGGAACGGACAGUAUCCAGCGUGAUGUCCUUGACCAAUCAUAUGACGGUAUCGUGAAAGAUGAGGCAACCAAGCAGCAAGACCACCAAACUAUACCCUUUGUGCGAAAUAUGGGUUCAGAUCUUAAUAUCAAUGCCUUUGCGUUGAACUGGCGCUACAGCGACGGAAGUCUGAAUUCUGAUGUCGAAGAAGCAAAUGACCUGAUGAGACGAGUAGUCAAAAGGCUGUCCAUCGAUUUGCCAAAUGCGGACCCUGCUAAAGUUCCGUUCUAUCUAACCUCUACUGAAUUCUCGGUCAGCAGAUAUGGAAGAUGCUUAGAGUCAUACAAGAAAAGACUUGGCUUGGAGGAGUCAGAAGAGAGCUUGGUCGUGCUCAGGAACACGGUCAUGAAUCCGUUUAUGGGACGCAGUGAUUGUUUCGCCACGAUAACGAGGGAGUUUCGGAAGAUUGUACAGGAGGAGGUCGAGUAUUGUCGCAGUCGCAAUAUCUUGACGACCGAGUCUGUCGACUUCCGUCUGCAAGGCACCGGCAAGGACAUAUACCUAGUCAGUCGACCUUGUUUCCACCAGGCGAAUCGCCGACAACAAGUCAUAUUCGCAGCGACUCUGCCAUCAGCAAUCAGAAAACCCACACCAACCCUCUUCUUCCCUCGACCCCUAACCCUCUCCCAUCUCAUCGCCCACCACUCCUUAUCCCGGAGCACCCAAGACCCCAUCUACCCCGACGAAAUGCCCUUCUACCUCUACGGCAGCCCCCUCCAAUGGCACAUCUCGCACAUCAUGGUCCGCGCACCCAAUAUCGUCCUCGACGCCAGCAACAUCUACCUCUCACUAGACGAGAAUACCCGUCUCCCCUCGGCCGAAAUCAGACGCACCUUGAUCCUGACUUUUGCCGAUAUUCAUGAAGCCUCGCGUCAUCCGUUCCCGGAGUCGAACGCAGACCUCGGCCCCGACUUUUUCUUUCGCCCUGGGCAACUGUUCCGUGUGAAUGUGUGGAAGAACCCCGGGCAGUGGAGCGAUGAGCAUGGUGGUAGGGUGUCGCUGAUGGAGCGAUUGAGGAGGACAAGAGGUGCAAAGGUCGCGACGGGGUGGGUGCAACUUGGCGAAGAUGUAUUUGUGGACGUUGAGGAUGUAAAUGGGGAUAAUGAUGAUGGGAGCAAGCCGUGCUAUGAUGAGCAUGAGAGAAAUUGGUUGGAUGAGUUUGAGUUGAUGGGGAAGAAUUAA